AUGCCACUCCAGGUUGAAGUUCCGUCUACUUUUGGCCACAAAAUCCCAAAGAAAUGUUGGUUUAUAGAAUCUGAUAACAAGAAUUCCAAAUCUGCAUUCAUUUUACUCCAUGGAUGGUUUGGAAAUUUGCAAUCUUGUUUACCAUUUUUAAAUGUCCUCAAAAAGUGUGGAGUUUUGAAAACACAUCACGUGUUAAUUGUUGAUUUAAAAGACCACGUUGGAAAGUCUUUUGAGAGCAAUACUGGUUUAAAGGGUGUGACAGAUUUGUACGAUUCAGUUGCAUUUUUGCACAAUGCCCACGGAGUUACAAAGUUUGACGUCUAUGCCCAAUCAAUUAGUGCAUUGAGUGCCUUAAUGUUCUUUGACUGCUAUCUGAAAGUAAAGGACGGAUCUAUAUGUGAUGAACCACAUCCUUGUGGAUUCAUUUCUGGUGUUGAUGUAGACUUGCUCAAAAAGGUAAAUUUUGGUGAUUUCAUAUUGGAGUCACCUGUUUCGAACAUAAGUGAAUAUCUCUCCAACUCAUUCUCAGAAUCGCUCAACUGGGUAAUCCAGCAAUUUAUUCAAACUGUAAACUCAAGAUCUAGUCAUCACAUUGACUCUCUAUCUCUAAACACAUUUUUGUCAAACCAUAAAAUAAGAGGAAACGUGCACAUUUUGCAGGGCAUGCAUGACCGUGUAACCUCACCCAAAAUGUUGCAAAAUGAACUUGCUGCAUUAAAGUCAAAUGUAAAUUUGUACGUUUUCAAGGAUGGUGGUCACACUGACCUAUCGGCGACAUCCCCUGGAGAAUAUCUCGAAACAGUAAACUACAUUAUAAACUACAAGGGACUAUGGAAGCUGUUUAAAUUUCUCAAAAAUAAGAAAAAUAAUCUAGAACUAUAA